CUGAUAAGGCUUCUGAUAAUGCUUCUGCUGCAGACAGGACCUGCUCUGCUCUGUCCUGCUGUCACACUUGGUGGCCAAAGCUGACUAUUGCUGCUCCAGGACCUCCUCCCAGCCUCAGACUUCAGCUCAGCAUCUCCAGCAGCCUGGCUCAUGGCCCUACUCUUCUCCUUGAUCCUCGCCAUUUGCACUGGACCUGGUCUCUUAGAGGCCCAGCCAAGCUCUCAUCGCUUUGGAGGGCCUUUGUCCAGAGUGCGGCUUGUGGGAGGUGACCACGGCUGUGAAGGGCGGGUGGAGGUGCAGCGGGCCAAGGAGUGGGGCGCGGUGUGUGAUGACGGCUGGGACUAGAGCGACGCGGCUGUGGGGUGCCGGGAGCUGGGCUGUGGAGCGGUCAAGAAGGCAAUCAGUGGUACUGCAUUUGGGCCACUGACACAAGAAGAUCAAAAAAUCUUCGUCCAAGAAUUCCGAUGCAGUGGCAUGGAAGACAGCCUGUCUCAGUGUGAAAGGGAAGAUUUUUUCGACUGCAGCCACAAGGAGGACGCGGGAGCUGUAUGUGGGUUCCCAGAGAACGUGCGGCUGGUCGAUGGCCCCCAGCGCUGCCAGGGCCGGGUAGAGGUGAAGCACCGAGGGCAGUGGGGCACCGUGUGCAAAGCAAGCUGGAGCUUCGCAGCCACCAAGGUCGUGUGCCGGCAACUGGGAUGUGGACGGGCCCUGCUGACCCGGAAAUGCUGCAACAAAGCCACUCAGGGCCAAGGGCCCAUCUGGCUGAGAAAGGCAUCAUGCUCAGGAAAAGAAAGCAGCCUUGAGGAGUGCCCUGCCGGGGCCUGGGAGAGGAGCAACUGCACCCACGAUGACGACAUGUGGGCGGAAUGUGAAGAUCCCUUUGAGCUGCGGCUGGUGGGAGGAGACGGCCGCUGCGCCGGGAGGCUGCAGGUGCUGCACAAGGGCCAGUGGGGCACCGUCUGUGACGAUGGCUGGGGGGAAGCAGCGGACCGGGUGGUAUGCAGGCAGCUGGGCUGCGGGCCGUCCCUCUCUCCACCUGCUAAAUCCCGGAGAAGAUUCGGCCCAGGGACCGGCCGCAUCUGGCUGGACGACGUGGCUUGCUCAGGGAAGGAGAGGUCCCUGGAGGAGUGUCCACACAGGUUUUGGGGCCGACACAAUUGCAACCAUGCCGAGGACGUGGCCGUGGUCUGUGCAGAACAGUAGCCCGGCCUACCUGAUGGUCGACCAGAAGCCCCCAGGUCCCAAGUGUCCCCUACUCCUCAGGGACCCUGAUUGGUCUGGCCUGAGCCCCGGGCUACAGGCUGUGCCUGUCUCCCGCUUUGCCCCCAGCAUGCACCUGCACCCUGUGCCCUGCCUCGCUCUAGAGCCAAGCACUCCCAUCACCGCCUGGAGACAGGAGCUGUUGAAUGCCCUCUGCCGGGAAGACAAGCUCACAGUCCCCCUCUCCUCGCCGUGGACCCUCCACACUGGCUCUGGCCUGUGCUGCCUCUUUUCACCCCGCCUGGGAUCCCCAGCCCUGUGCUCUGACCAGUAUGGGCCAUCGCUGGGCGUCCUCUUUGUCUGUAGAGAGCAUGAAAGGAAGCAGACCACUACAUGGAACUUGGGGGAAAGCUUAGAGGCAUUUCGCCCUGUUUCUCAUGCUUCAGGUGAUCGCAACUACGGCUGGCACCUCACUGUCCUUCUGCUUCUUGGUGACAGCAAGUUCUUCCGGGAGCAGGGCAGUGUCCUGUAAUUCCGGAUGCUUCCAUGGUACCUGGAAGCCAUGGCACACCCCCUCCCAGUAUUGGCAAUAAAGCCCUUCUGGGGACCAUCUGCCACAGCCAGCCAGCGGGGUUGCUCUUUACCAAGGAGAAUCGCACAAGUGUUUUCUAACGGAUCCAGGGAAACGAGUGUUGGCAACGGGGCUGCCUCUGGAAGGAGGGGAGGCCGAGGCGGAAGGAGGCUGGGGGUGGGAGUCGGGCCUCUGCCGACCAGACGACAGCACUUUCACUGCAUCCCUCGGACACUGGCACUUGCACGUGUGAGGUGCAGCGGUGCCAGCUCAGAAAUUGAGUCUUUAGCGCGGCAGCCUGGGACUCAGGCUAAGCUGAGCCCCCGCUGCAGGCCUGCGUUUCCGCUCCCUAACGAAGCAGACUCGGUCUCUGCGGCGGCUCCCGUGCUGGGUGCUUUCCCUGCCGCCGGGAAGCAGGUGUGUCCGCUCCUCCGCCACGGCCUCGGGGGCUCCCCUGGGCAGAAGAGAACCUGCCUGCCGACAGGACCAGGCGUCUUACAGAGCCCUCCCCUCCUGGCUCUUCCCUGGCGUGGGAACUAGAGCCAUCGGGCUCCCCAGGAGAGAGGACAAGGUCUUGGAAAACAUUUUGGUAUCUACCCUAGAUACGUGAAGAGAUUCUGCCUUUAUCUGAUCAGCUCUCUUUAUCUGAUGAGCUCCUCCUGGUUUUCCCUGCAGAUGAGGGUCCUGUUCCCUUCACCCCAUUGUAGCUGGAAACUGGAGGGCCACUGGGCGGCCAGAACCGAGUGCCUGAAAAGCUGUUUAUCCUCAGUAGAGUGGACAGGGUUGGAGUGUCACAAAAGGGACUUCAAUCUCCCUCAAUUUCUGUAUUAAAGUUUCAUUUCCUUCCAUUCCAA